AUGAUAUAUGAGAAGAGCGUGGAGAAGAGCGUGGAGGCAGCGGCCGAGUUGAGCGCCAAGGACCUGAAGGAGAAGAAAGAGAAGGUGGAGGAGAAAGCCAGCCGAAAAGAGCGAAAGAAAGAAGUGGUGGAGGAGGAGGAGAACGGAGCCGAGGAGGAAGAAGAAGAAACUGCUGAGGACGGAGAGGAGGAGGAUGAAGGGGAAGAAGAAGAUGACGACGAAGGGCCCGCGCUGAAGAGAGCAGCUGAAGAGGAGGAUGAAGCGGAUCCCAAGCGGCAGAAGACAGAAAAUGGGGCGUCGGCCUGAGCCCCCUGCCAAUGGGCUGGGGGUGGGAGGCCCCUCAGGGCCUGGAGGUGGGGGUGGGAA